GAUCAACCUGGGGACUUCAUUGCUGACUACGUCCAUCAUCUUUAUAGUGCUGGGUUUCUGGACCACCACCAGUGGACACGCCUGUGUCAAGCAGAGUGUCUCAAAGCUGACGCAGCUGAUAGACGAGGGGGUGCUGCCUCAGAAUGCCAAGCCCCCAAAAGACAUCCUGCUGCUGCCCACCCUGGACUACAUAAAAUGGAUCAACAGUCUCCCGGGCCGUCUCCGGCAACAGGUCGUCCACUUAGCCCCAUCCUGCAGCAUCAAGGUGCAGAAGGAAAUGGUGCGUGUUUGGGAACAGGAGGGGAGUUGGAGUCUUUAACGGCCCCAGAGGACCUAGAGAGCUGCAUUUCUUAGGGUCCUUGGCCGGGGUGGGGGGCCACUCAAUCAUCUUAUAGGUAACCAUUAUGAUCACUUUUCCACCACCAUUUCAUAUGUGCCCAGGCCUCUGGGGAAACUGUCCCUCUAAUUCUCACAUUGACCUCAGGAUCCCCGUGUAUUAGAGAUGGAAACCGAGGCCUCAAGAGGUUUAGCUCAAAUGGCUCCUGAAACCAAGAAGGGCACUCGAACCAUUCAUCACCUCUCUGGCCUCUUUCUUCCACCCAAGGCAGACAUUGCUAAUCGAUCACUGCACCAUUUCCGUCCCUGCAUCCAGACCCACCACUGCCUCAGAGCCCUUCUCCCCCACAGUUCAUGCAGGGCCCCGGCCUGGCACUCGCAGCCUUCUCCCAAGUCGUCUCGUUGUUCCCUGGCUCCUCUUUCUGGGCCAUCCUCUUCUUCAUGGCCCUGCUCAUCAUAGGCUUGAGCAACUUGAUGAGGCUCUUGGAAGGCAUUGUCUUUCCCCUCCAGAACUCCAUCUCCAUCUUCAGGGAUUAUCCCAGGAUACUCACAGGUACUGUGGAUUCUCACCCCAGUGACAGCCUUGCCUUUGGCCCCUCCUUAUCCAGCCACCCCCAGUCUCCAGGGCUCACUUUGACCCCUGAACCCAGCCCUACACAUAGACCUCAAGUGUGGCCAAACCUGCCCCUGCCUUAGCGAUCGUCUGCUUGGGAGGUUUUCUGGGCAGCCUCAUCUUCACCAGUCGUGCUGGCAGCUACAUAAUGUACUUGUUUGAUGACCUCGUGGCCCCACUGUCCCUCGUCAUCACUGUGGUCUUCCAGAACGUGGCCCUGGCCUGGAUCUACGGAGCUGGGAGGUUCAGGGAAGAAAUGUUCAGUGAGAUGGGCCGCCCUCUGUGGCCCUUCUCCUCAUUCCUGUGGUGCUACGUGACCUUGCCAGGGCUGCUGGCCCUCCUCACCAUCUGCUUCAUGCAGCUCUUCCAGGGGACACACCUCUAUUACACUGCCUGGAACACCAGUGGGAGCAAGGAAGUAAAACAUCUCUACCCGCAGAACAGCCUGGGCUGGGUCAUCUUCCUCAGCGUCCUCACCUUCCUGCCGAUUCCAGUCCACCCACUCCACCAGUGGUGGUCCCUCCAGGAGUACGUUGCCCCAGAUCCCUUUGAAAAACUAAUGUCUAAAAAGACACCCAUGGUGUCCUCCAUGUCCUCACAGAGGCCGAAGCAUCACUCAAUGAAGUCCCAGGAGAGAACCAGCAACACCUCAACCAGAGGGUUAAGUAUGUCUUUACUCAGGUCCCCGAAACCUGAGCCAGAGUGCCUCAGCCAGGACCCAGUCAAGUAUGAGAGCUCUUCCUGGUUCAGCCUGCCACUACUGACCUCCCUGUCGUCUUCCUUGACCAUAAGGAGUGCCAGCCUCCGUGUCUCAAGGCAGGUGAGCCCAACCUCGGUAACCGCAGACAACAGCAACAAGGGCAGUGAGACCCAGGAAGAAAGCCCAAAAAAGAAAUCUGUUCAGUAACUUGCGACACCACCCACCUUUUCCAAGGCAGCAAAUCUGUCCAAUGACUGGUGGCAUUUGUGAACAUUUUGCUACAGAAAUAGUUGGUUCUGCCAAAAAGGAGGGGAAGGGGCACAUGGAAAACUUGCCUAGCAAUCGGUGACAUCACUCAUUUGACCUUGGAAGGAAAUGGACAACCCAGAAGCUCUUUCCUCCCCUCCCCCACUUCUGCUAAGUGGAACACUCUGCUUUGGGCUUGGGGAACUCAGAAGAAGUCACCUCCAUUGCUACCAGGACUGGACCUGGUGCCCCUUUCCCCCUGUGAAGUGGGGGCACCAUGAUGGCAUGGGCAUCACAGUGCUUCCCAGGACCCAACUUCCAUUUACCAUGGAGACAGACAACGUUCUCUCCAACGCCCCCACCUCUGCCACCAGACUAGACUGGUGGGGUGGCUGACCUCUCGGGGGCUGCUCUCUCAGAAUGAGGCUGAGACAACAGUGCUGUGAGUUAAUAAAUGGGUCCACUGGGACCCCACCCCCCCAU